GAGCGCCGCGGGAGAGUGACGGGCCGGGGAGGACCGGGCGUCCCGGGCCCGAAGCGCGCGGGCUCCCGCUGGGGCGGCCGCGGACAUGUGCAGGAUGUCCUUCAAGAAGGAAACUCCACUUGCCAACGCUGCAUUCUGGGCAGCAAGGAGAGGAAACCUGGCGCUGCUGAAGCUGCUGUUGAACAGCGGCCGGGUGGACGUGGACUGCAGAGACAGCCACGGCACCACACUCCUGAUGGUUGCUGCCUACGCUGGCCACAUAGACUGUGUGAGGGAACUGGUUCUGCAAGGAGCAGACAUCAAUCUCCAGAGAGAGUCAGGUACAACUGCCCUAUUCUUUGCCGCCCAGCAAGGCCAUAAUGAUGUCGUGAGAUUUCUCUUUGGAUUUGGAGCAUCCACUGAAUUUAGGACCAAAGACGGGGGCACCGCCCUGCUGGCUGCCAGUCAGUACGGGCACAUGCAGGUGGUGGAGACCUUGCUGAAGCACGGAGCAAACAUCCAUGACCAACUUUAUGAUGGAGCCACUGCCCUCUUCCUAGCUGCCCAAGGUGGUUACUUGGAUGUUAUUCGAUUACUGCUGGCUUCAGGAGCAAAAGUCAACCAGCCAAGGCAGGACGGGACAGCGCCCCUGUGGAUCGCGUCCCAGAUGGGCCACAGCGAGGUGGUGCGGGUGAUGCUGCUGCGCGGAGCCGACCGCGACGCUGCGCGGAACGACGGCACAACGGCAUUAUUGAAAGCAGCCAACAAAGGGUAUAAUAAUGUCAUAGAAGAGUUGCUUAAAUUCUCACCCACUCUUGGUAUUUUGAAGGCCAAUGAACUUCCGGCAGAACUAACCAAAAAUGAACGCAUACUGCGUCUCCUGAGAAGUAAAGAAGGUCCUAGGAAGAGCUAACUUAGCUCCAUAUCUGACAGAAAGAUAGAAGUUUAACCAUAUUGUCCAAAAAGAAAUUGCAUUUCAAGCAGUGUUGGAAAUUCUUUUAUGAAAAAAAAUGCCCAGAAUGCCCACCCUGUGGGUCCCUGACAAAGAAGAGCUACGCUCUGUGUGCCAAGUCAAGAACCCAACAGCUCAGGGGCCCUCUUGCCCCCUCACCAUGGGCUUCUCGCGGUGUCCUGUAACUCAGCUCUGGGGCUGCCUGGCAUGCUCGCAGAUUCCACAGAAACUCAUUUUCAAUGAUGCUAACUUGGGCCUCUCAGUUAAACUCUAAGGUGGACAGGGUUCUCAGUACUAAGCAAGGAGACAGAAUGCUUUGUUCCUUUAAAAGACUGAAAAGCUGACCUUCAAUGGAUUGAUGCACUUUUGCUUUUGUGUUAAAUGUAGGUGUGCUAAAAUAUAUAGAGCUAUCAUAUUUUACCUACAUAUAUAUGUCAUUCCAGUAUAAAAUGUUCUCCUCUACCCAAGAACCAUAGCCAUGCUUGUUAUAAAUCAAUGAGGUGUCAACAUAUGUUAUUAAAAAACCACUUCUGACAUUCCAUUGUGUGCUAUUCAAAGAUGGACUAUUGAACUAUAGAAAAGACAGACUGUGCAUUUGUUCAUUGAUCCUCAUCUUAUUCCUGACAUGUAAAAAUCAAUUUUACAUAGAGUCAACAUUGUAGGUAGGUUACGAUACCAGUGGCAAAUUUGGAAAUUCAGAAAAUUAUAAACCACGAGAAAUAUAUAGGCUUGUCUCUUUGGUCUUUUAUUUUGGCUCUAUUUUUGGGAAUCUAUUUCCUAUGCCGUAAGUAAGUAUACCUAACAUGCUGUGGAAUCUUCAGUUUCCAACACCGUGUUGCUUCAUAGAAUGACUUUGAGGUCCUUGGAUAAAAUGUGAUAUAUACAAGUAUAAUAUGUUGCUAUUACUGUUGCAGGAGUAUAAAUAAUAAAAGACUGUUAUUAGCACUUAGUAAGUCUUCAUCUAUGCAUGUUUUUGAGUUGACUGAUUGCAAGAAUGAAAUCUGAGUUUUAUUGAAUUAUUCCUUUGAAGAGGAUCAAAACUUAUAUUCAAUGCACUUUAUAAUUAAUGGUGUCUAAAUGCCUCAGUCAGUGCCUGACUGCACAUACGAAAAUAAAACCUUUCUGUAAUUUACCAAAAUAAACGCAAUGGUAUUUCUGCUAUUUAAACACAUCUUUAGUUUAUGUCUUCAUGUUCUGCUCUGGUUUUCAGUCAGUGUCUGUGUAAAGACAUGUUUAGAGGAAAAUGUUCUAAUCCCAAAAGAAUUUUUGUUUAACCAACUUUCAGUGUUACUAAAAGGAUUAUCUUUAAUUCAGUAAAUAAUAGAAUAUAAUCUUCAAAAUUAGAAGGUAUUCUCUUAAAAUUUGUUACAAUUAAUGCAACAGUAAUCAGCAUAUUUUGAUAAAUGUCUUAAGCAAAUGAGCAACUCACAGGCCCCAGAGGUGCCUACAGCCUGACCAGCUAUACAAAAAGCCUGCAGCCUGAUUCUAGGAUAAAAUAUUAGAAAGCUCUCUGUUGCUAAAACACCCAGAUAGAAACAUUGUGAUGGCUGAAAAGCAGUGCUAAUUUCCUCACUGACAUUCUUUCAUUCAGCAAAUUUGUACAAAUAUACAUUUUCUCCUGUGGGAAUUUCAAAAAGCUAUAUUCAUUUUGAAGAGGAAAAUAAGAUGGCCUUAAAUGCUUUAUAUUUUCCCCUUAGUUAGCCCUUAUGGCAAAAAAAUAGUUGCUAAUCACUGAUACAAAGCAAAACAUUAUGGGUACUGGUAACAGAGUUCCAAAAGACAAAAUGGGAUGAAUCACAAACUUACUGCUUCUCACUGAAACAUGUCAUUGGCCUAUUACUUCAAUAGUUUUAAGUGGGUAAUGUUCUUGAAAAAUAUUAGAGCCAUAAAACGGAACCCAGUAGCUUUAACAAUAUGGAGGCCUGCUUACUGUAGGUAAGAGGUGUCUAGCUUAAAAGGAUCACAUUUGAUCUAGAUGAGAUUACCCAUAGCAGGGAAGAUGCUUAAUCACCUGCCAAAGACUGUACGGAAAGGUCUUUUAGUUUAAACAUUUGCACACGUGUAAAUGAUUAUUCUGUGUUAAUCUAAUUGAUAAUUCAGUUAGCUCCGCAUCCUAAGACUUAAAACUAGCAACUCCUAUGCAAAUCGUCUGCUUAACUGAACUACAAAUGUUUUUCAUUAAUUCAUUUCUCUGAUGACAUAUUCCAUGUUAUAUAAUGAUUCAAAAUAAAGUUAGUAUACUACCCCA